GAGGAUGGUGCGGGCGGCGCGCGGGGCGCGGGGCAGGCGGCGCGCGGGGCAGCGGGCGCGACACGCACCGGCACCAGCGGCACCUCCCGCGGCGGCCGCCGCCACCUCCGCGCACCGGGCCGGAGCGCGACGCGCCGGGUGAUCUUGAGUUCUUCUUAACUUGCUAGUGCUCAGCCUCCUCAUGCCUCCAUCUCCUUUAGACGACAGGGUAGUAGUGGCACUUUCGAGGCCAGUGAGACCUCAGGAUCUCAACCUGUGUUUAGACUCUAGCUUCCUUGAAUCUGCCUCUUCUGCUGCUGAGAGCCACUCCAGUCUGCUUGGUGCAGCUGUCGUGUCCCUAAAGACUGCUAAUCUCACGUAUAUGCCCUCAUCCAACGGCUCUGCACGCUCCCUGAGUUGUGGAUGCAGCAGUGCCAGUUGCUGCACUGUGGCAACGUACGACAAGGACACUCAGGCCCAAACUCAAGCGAGCACCAGCAGCACCCACGCCGGAGCCUCCCCCGCCUGCCCUGCCAACCAAAUGGUCAACAGCAAUGAGAGCGCCGGCAGCCUGAGCCCGCUGGGCGGAGUGGGGAGCCCCGUCUCGGGCAGCGCCAAGCAACUCGCCAGCAUCAAAAUCAUCUACCCCAAUGAUCUGGCCAAGAAGAUGACCAAAUGUAGCAAGAGCCACCAACAGAACCAAGGGCCUGUCAUCAUUGACUGCAGGCCCUUCAUGGAGUAUAAUAAGAGCCACAUUCAAGGGGCUGUCCACAUUAACUGUUCUGACAAGAUCAGCCGGAGAAGGCUCCAGCAGGGCAAGAUCACUGUCUUGGACUUGAUCUCCUGCCGGGAAGGCAAGGACUCCUUCAAGAGAAUCUUUUCCAAAGAAAUCGUAGUUUAUGAUGAGAAUACCAAUGAGCCAAGCAGAGUGAUGCCUUCCCAGCCACUCCACAUAGUGCUGGAGUCACUCAAGCGAGAAGGCAAGGAGCCCCUAGUCCUAAAAGGAGGACUCAGCGGUUUCAAGCAGAACCACGAAAACCUCUGCGACAAUUCCCUCCAGCUCCAAGAGUGCCCCGAGGGGGGAGGAGGGGGCGGCGCCUCCGCUGUGCCCCCCGUGCUACCUCAGUCCAUCCCCACCACGCCAGACAUCGAGAACGCUGAGCUCACCCCCAUCCUGCCCUUCCUCUUCCUCGGAAAUGAGCACGAUGCUCAGGACUUGGAGAAAAUGCAGAGGAUGAACAUCGGCUACGUCAUCAACGUGACCACCCACCUGCCCCUGUACCAUUACGAGAAAGGCAUGUUCAACUACAAGCGGCUCCCGGCCACUGACAGCAACAAGCAGAAUCUCAGGCAGUAUUUUGAAGAGGCUUUUGAGUUCAUUGAGGAAGCUCAUCAGUGUGGGAAAGGUCUCCUCAUCCACUGCCAGGCCGGUGUCUCUCGAUCUGCCACCAUCGUUAUCGCGUACUUAAUGAAGCACACACGCAUGACCAUGACGGAUGCCUAUAAAUUUGUCAAAGGCAAACGACCAAUCAUUUCCCCCAACCUUAACUUUAUGGGGCAGUUACUGGAGUUCGAAGAAGAUCUGAACAAUGGAGUCACCCCACGAAUCCUCACACCGAAGCUGAUUGGCGUAGAGACUGUCGUGUGACAGCCGAGCUGCGAGGGGGCUGAACCUGUUCUUCACCUGAUUUGGGGCAGUGAUGGGUGGGUUGUGGGGUUUUCUUUUUAGCUUUCAAAGGGGAGUUUUGUGGCAAACUUUUUGUGAAUAAAAACCUUUUUUUGUAAGGAAAGGUUUUUAAAAGAUCCAAGAACUUUGCUGGGUUUGGGAUGCUGUUAUGAUUUCCUUCUCAGACACCAGCAGAGCAGGGAGGCUUCAGAGCAAAAGGAGUACUUUUUAAAAUAAAAACAACAAGAAGAAGAAACGUUGGGCUUUUUUUCUUUUGAUUUUUAUUUUUCCCCUCCUCUCUGGCUACUUGUAGAGUUUAUGGCUAAGUAGUCUGUGCAGGUUCAUAGACUGAAGAAACCUAAGUUGAAGACAAAACACAAAUAGCCAAAACAAAGCAGAAAAAAAACUUCCCUGAAACAGAAGGGCCUUCGUUCUGCAAAGGCUUUGCUAAAGAUAACCUAGCAAAAUGCUCACCGAUGCAAAGGAAAUCAGAGCAGCUUAAAAGUCUGCAAGGCACUUUUCACACUCCUGACUCAAACUAAAGAAGAAAACAAAGUUCAUUUGGCGUGUUUCAUGUUCCAGUUCUAUUUUUCUAUUUUGGGGUGUAAGGUUUUAACAGUAAGGGACUUCGAUCAUUCUAUGCCAUAUGCCUUCACUGGCUUCUUGUGCAAUAAUAAUUUGGGGUUUGUUUUGAGUGUUCAAACCAAUUAAGAGUUGGCUGCCCACUAAUAAUAAGAUAAUAAUUUUUAAAGUCUAAUAGUGCAACAGCAGCCAGCUUGGUUCAGAAAGGAUAAAUGAGAGCAGUUAUUUUGUUCCUUUAUAUGAUUUUGAAUCCUGGUUACAGUGCCAUAAACCUUGUUACAUAUGUAUAUCAGAAUGUACAAAAAUCUAGAACAAGCAAAGUUUAUUUAAAAAUAUUUUUCGCACAAAAUAUUGGUGUGUUUCAGUUGUCUAUGUAAAAGAAAUUUGAUUAUAAAACAAAAAAUCUUUUGGAAAGUGUGUGUCCUUUUAUUUCUUUAGCAAUUUUCCAUUUUCUUUCUAUGGGAUGGGGUUUUUGUUUUGUUCCCUUCGGUUUGUUUUUUUUGUGGCAUUGUACCUCUCACAUUGACAAAAUUGAUCUCUCGUUUGGCAUCUCCCCUUCAGUGUUGCGUUCCUGUCCUCUGCUGGUGGAACAUGUUUCCUUUGCUUUCUGCUGUACUCUUGCAUCUCUCUGUAACCAGAUUUUUCUCUCUGGUUCGACUGAAUUAGCACUUACUGGUGAGGGCUUUUUGGAACAGACCUGUUAUUUUACAGCUCAGUAGCUGUUUGGAAAAAUGAGAAAUAAACAAUCUCCACUGAUUCCUUUCCAUAUUCCUGUAGUUAACUUAUCUUCUAUGUUACAAAAUUGUCCAGUUUUUAGACAUAUGUUGGUCAUGUGUGCUUUUCCCUGGCCUCUCUAUAGCCCCCUUGUUUUGUAGUUCCACAAUUCCUGGGGAUCAUCCUCCUGGGAUUUUUCCCUUCCCUCUUGCCCUUCUUCCCCCUCCUUUUCCAGCUGUGUCAGUGUUGUGUGGUGUGUAUUGUAGGGCUGAUGUCUUUGCCUGACAGUGUCCCUUGGGUGGCUGACUUUCGCUUUCCUUGUUUGUGUUCACUUUUUUUUUAAUGAUAUGGUAUAACCUGAUCUGUUCUGGACUGUUACCACCUCUAAAAUUUAUUUGUGUGAGCCUAAAAUUAAUUAGAAAACAUUUCUCGUAUGAUUCUGUUGUGGAAAUUGAUCUGUCCCAGGAAGGCUGAUAGCAGUGAAGGCUUUUCCUAGAUGAAAACCUACAUGGACUGAACCAAGUGUAAAACAGGACCUGUUGGAAAACUUAAUGUAUAAUCACAUUAGACAUGUAUAUUUUUGUGGACAUUUUACUUAAAAUGUUGUUACUAUACAGAUAUUUUCUUGAAACUUAUCCCUUUAUUAAAUUAUUUUUCUACUGGA